CCUUAUCGCCAGUUACUUCCCCCACAAACAAAAUUCCCAGCAAAACACUUUCCUUUUGUUUUUCCAAAUGGUUGGCCCUUAAACACACACCACAAAUGGCAGUGUCAUUGAACUCCGUCCUGGGUUUCACUUCAACGAAGUUACGAAUCAAGUACCAGAAUGUCUCAAAGCCUUCUAGUGGAGCUUCAAUAUCAAAGGCCUGCCAAGUAAAAUCCUCCUUUGGAGCAUCAGGGUCAAGGAGACUUGUAAAGGGAAAAAGGUGGGACUUCAGCCUCUCAGUUGCAGAAGGCGAUCGGUUUACUGCAGAAACCAGCGAUGGCGGUUCUGGAAAUGCUGAAAGAUUAUUGUCUAAUGAUCAAAUUUCAACUAGUAAUCUUCCUUCUUCGCUUUAUUCUAUUGAAAAUAGUCAGGUCCAAACUAGUCCUCGAAACGAGUCAUUGCCUCAAACCUCCGAGGCUUCCAACGGUUCACCAAUUUCUCCAAAUCAAGGAGAGACAUUACCAUCAACUGACCAGCAAGAGAAACCGAAAAGAUCACCACUAACGGUGAGGGAGAGACUAAGGGCAGCCAGGGUUCUCAGUCGUUACAACACAGAGUCAAAGGCAUCUAAACCAGACAUGGGAAGCAAAGUACUGGAUGCUCUUAGAGAGAGCGAUCGUGGGAAGAAAAAGGGACUUCCAGAAGCCCCGGGAAAUAUGUUCGACGACAGCAAGCGAGGGCUGCCACAGCAGGGCUUCACUUUCCAGUUUCCUGGGGGUAAUGAUUUGUUCAUCAUCGUUUUCUCAUUUGUCUUCAUCAGCACAGUGAUGUUUGCCACAACAUACAUUGUGUGGAAAGUUGGUGCCAUCCAUUUCAACGAGUACUAAAACUUAGACUGGCAAUGGGGUUCCACAAAUUUUGAACAAGCCACCCUCUUGAUCCAUUCAUACACUGUUUUUGUAUCUGCAUUGUGGAUAUAAAAUCUUGUUGCGGGCAAGAAAUAUUUGCAGUCA